AUGAGUGACGGCCGCAAACGAUUGAGUGGAGCCAAGUAUAAGGCACUCGCUGAGGAAAAGCGGAGGAAGCUUCAUUCAGUUUUGGACAAAACACGAAACUUAAAAGACUAUUUUUUAAUUAAACCUACAAAUUCCAGAGAGCAUACACAUGAUUCGGAAACAGAUGUUGUUACUGCUGUAGCUGUAACGCCUGUACCUACAACACCUGAUAACGAGGAUGAGAUGGAAACAGAGACAACGGUUAUCAGUAACGACCCCGCCGAAUGGAAGAUCAACGAUGCCACUAUCGACUAUUUUUCGUCCUUACCAAAUGAAAUAUGCCAAAAUACAGAUGAGGAUUUUUCACUUACAAAAAUUGUUACUGGUAAUAGGACACGGUAUCUUACUAAGAAUGUUUUCCGUCGGAAACUUGCCAAUGGGGAAGAACAACCAUGUAAAUAUUUAAUAUAUUCAUCUUCAAAGAAGUCGCUAUUUUGCAUCCCAUGUCGUCUUUUCGGAGGAAAUUCAAAAAUGGCCACUGAUGGCAUAAAUGAUUGGAGUAAUGUAAAUAAAAUUUUGAAUUCACAUGAAAACUCCCAAGAACACGCCAAAUGUCAAGUAAUCUUAUUACGACGUGAACAAAAACAAAACCAACUUGAUUCAUUUCUGUGUCAGCAAAUAAGGCGCGAAGAAGAUUACUGGCGGAACGUGUUGAAGCGGGUAGCUGCAGUGACUAAAAAAUUGGCUUGCAGAGGUCUACCGUUCAGAGGAACAGUUGAAAAAUUCGGUAAUCCAAACAACGGAAAUUUCAUGAUGUGUCUGGAGCUCUUAUCGGAAUUUAAUCCUUUCUUAGCCACGCAUAAUGAUAUAACUCAGCACGGAUAA